GGCGUGGAGUCGGCCGCUGCCGCCAUCCCGCUGGCGAGAGCUAGAGAGAGGCCCGCCCGCUCGCCGGCCGGGCCAGUGUGGGCGAGUGCGUGAGGGCGCGGGGGACUGUGUCAGCGAGACGUAGAGCGCAGCCACCCCCCCCAAACGGACAUGUUGGAGCCCAGCGCCGCCGCCGCCUCCUUCUCCUCGCCCAGCGAACGGGACUGAGAAGGAGCCCGCCACCCCUCCGCCUCUGCUUCUGCUCGGCCGCCUGCCUCUCCGUCUCGGCCGCAGCCCCUUCCUGCCCGGCCUCGGGCUCCGCCGCUCGUCGCCCUCCACCCAGGCCCGGCCGGUUCCUUGCUCUGCUUCGCCGCGGCGCUAGGUCUAUGUGAGCGGCGGGCCGGGAGCAGCCGCCGCCGCAGCGCGAACAUGGACGCCGUCAACGCUUUCAACCAGGAGCUCUUUUCACUUAUGGAUAUGAAACCUCCCAUCUCUAGAGCCAAGAUGAUUCUCAUCACUAAAGCUGCUAUUAAAGCUAUUAAGCUUUAUAAGCAUGUAGUUCAAAUAGUAGAAAAAUUCAUCAAAAAGUGUAAACCAGAAUACAAGGUUCCAGGAUUAUAUGUAAUUGACUCAAUUGUGCGACAGUCUCGUCAUCAGUUUGGAACUGAUAAAGAUGUUUUUGGGCCAAGAUUCUCUAAAAACAUAACCGCCACAUUCCAGUAUUUGUAUCUUUGUCCAUCUGAAGAUAAGAGUAAAAUAGUUCGUGUGCUGAACCUUUGGCAAAAAAAUGGAGUGUUCAAAAUUGAAAUUAUUCAACCUCUUUUGGACAUGGCAGCAGGAACCAGUAAUGCCGCCCCAUUAGCGGAAAAUGUCACCAAUAAUGAAGGCUCACCUCCUCCUCCAGUAAAAAUUUCUUCUGAACCUCCACAAGCCACACCAAACUCCAUACCUACUGUACCACAGUUGCCCAGCUCUGAUGCUUUUGCUGCUGUGGCUCAGCUGUUUCAGACAACUCAAGGCCAGCAGCUUCAGCAGAUCCUUCAGACUUUUCAGCAACCUCCAAAACCACAGUCUCCCGCCCUUGACAAUGCUGUGAUGGCUCAGGUUCAGGCUAUCACAGCUCAGUUAAAGACAGCUCCUACACAACCACCUGAGCAAAAAGCUGCUUUCCCCCCACCUGAACAAAAAACAGCAUUUGACAAGAAGCUGCUUGAUAGAUUUGAUUAUGAUGAUGAGCCAGAAGCUGUGGAAGAAUCGAAAAAAGAAGAUGCUGCUACAAUUCUCCCUGCAGCACCUGUUGCUGCUGCUGCUGCUGCUGCUGCUGCUGCUGCUGCUGCUGCUGCUGCUGCUGCAACAGCACCUCCUGUGCCUGCUGUGGCCACGCCUGCUCCCACUGCUGCCACUGCGCCAGCUGCACCCGCUGCUGUCUCUCCUCCUCCUCCACAGACACCGUUUGGGUUUCCUGGAGAUGGCAUGCAGCAGCCACCAUACACACAGCAUCAAAAUAUGGAUCAGUUUCAGCCUCGAAUGAUGGGAAUACAAGAUCCCAUGCACCACCAGGUUCCGCUUCCUCCUAAUGGACAGAUGCCAGGUUUUGGACUUCUUCCCACACCUCCAUUUCCUCCCAUGGCUCAGCCUGUGAUUCCUCCAACUCCACCAAUGCAGCAGACUUUCCAGCCCUCUUUUCAGCCACAGACCGAACCACUUACACAGAAGCCACAUCAGCAGGAGAUGGAAGUGGAACAACCUUGUAUUCCAGAGGUUAAGCGGCAUAUGUCUGAUAACAGAAAGUCAAGAUCUAGGUCAGCAUCCAGGUCACCAAAGAGGAGACGAUCAAGAUCUGGUUCUAGAUCACGAAGGUCUCGUCACCGACGUUCUCGAUCUCGAUCUAGAGAUAGACGCAGACAUUCUCCUCGAUCUCGUUCUCAAGAAAGACGGGAUCGAGAGAAAGAGAGGGAACGUCGACAGAAAGGCCUUCCUCAAAUCAAACCAGAAACUGCAAGUGUUUGUAGUACUACUCUCUGGGUGGGACAGCUGGACAAAAGGACUACUCAGCAGGAUGUUGCAAGUCUCUUGGAAGAGUUUGGUCCCAUUGAAUCAAUUAAUAUGAUUCCUCCUAGGGGUUGUGCCUAUAUCGUUAUGGUUCAUAGGCAAGAUGCUUAUCGCGCCCUGCAGAAACUGAGCCGAGGAAACUACAAAGUGAACCAGAAGUCCAUAAAGAUUGCCUGGGCCUUAAACAAAGGAAUAAAAGCAGAUUACAAACAGUAUUGGGAUGUAGAACUUGGUGUUACUUAUAUUCCAUGGGACAAGGUCAAGCCCGAGGAACUGGAGAGUUUUUGUGAAGGAGGAAUGUUGGACAGUGAUACACUUAACCCAGAUUGGAAAGGAAUUCCCAAGAAACCUGAAAAUGAUGUUGCUCAAAAUGGCGGUGCAGAACCCUCACACACAGAACCAGUAUCACCCAUACCUAAACCUUUACCUGUGCCUGUCCCGCCUAUUCCUGUUCCUGCACCUAUAACAGUGCCACCUCCACAGGUCCCACCACAUCAGCCAGGACCUCCUGUAGUUGGUGCCCUCCAGCCACCUGCUUUCACACCUCCCUUGGGAAUUCCUCCCCCAGGCUUUGGGCCUGGUGUUCCUCCUCCUCCUCCCCCUCCACCGUUUUUGCGCCCAGGAUUCAAUCCAAUGCAUUUACCACCAGGAUUUCUUCCUCCUGGACCCCCACCUCCUAUAACUCCACCAGUAUCCAUUCCUCCUCCUCACACUCCACCAAUAAGCAUCCCAAACUCUACUAUCGCUGGUAUAAAUGAAGACACUACAAAAGACUUAUCUAUUGGAAAUCCCAUUCCAACAGUGGUGUCUGGGGCUAGAGGAAAUGCCGAGUCUGGUGACAGUGCGAAAAUGUAUGGCUCUGCUGUGCCACCUGCUGCACCUACGAAUCUGCCUACCCCUCCUGUAACCCAGCCUGUUUCACUUCUUGGCACUCAGGGAGUUGCACCUGGUCCUGUAAUUGGGCUGCAGGCACCGUCAACUGGUCUUCUUGGUGCCCGACCUGGCCUCAUCCCACUUCAGCGCCCUCCGGGAAUGCCUCCCCUUCACUUACAGUGUUUUCCUAUGAUGCCACCACGCCCCAUGCCACCACACAUGAUGCACAGAGGGCCGCCACCAGGACCAGGGGGCUUUGCCAUGCCACCACCUCAUGGAAUGAAAGGGCCCUUCCCUCCACACGGGCCCUUUGUCAGUCCUGGUGGAAUGCCAGGGCUUGGGGGCCCAGGUCCAGGCCCUGGGGGUCCUGAAGACAGGGAUGGAAGGCAGCAGCCGCAGCCCCCACCACAGCAGCAGCAGCCGCAGUCACAGCAGCCACCUCCGCCACAGCCACAGCAGCCACCUUCUUCACAACAGCCACCACCGGCUCAGCAGCAGCCACAGCCAUUUAGAAAUGAUAACAGGCAGCAGUUCAAUUCAGGUAGAGACCAAGAAAGGUUUGGAAGAAGAUCUUUCGGAAAUAGGGUGGAAAAUGACCGGGAACGGUAUGGGAACCGUAAUGAUGACAGAGAGAAUAGUAAUCGUGAAAGGAGAGAAUGGGGAAGAAGAAGCCCUGAACGGGACAGGCACAGAGACUCAGAAGAGAGAAAUAGACGCUCUAGUGGGCAUCGAGACAGAGAGAGAGAUUCUAGAGAUAGAGAGUCGCGUAGAGAGAAGGAAGAAAGCCGAGGAAAGGAAAAGCCUGAGGUGACAGACAGGGCCAGUGGGAACAAAGCCACUGAACCUCCCCUUAGCCGAGUGGGCAACAUAGACACUGUUUCAGAACUUGUUAAGGGGGAGGCGGAGGCCACUGUGGUGAAACCUCCUGAAGAGUCACCUGCUGAGGCUACCUCAUCCGUUGAACCCGAAAAGGAUUCUGGCUCAGCAGCAGAGGCUCCUCGCUAGAGACUGAACUUGUCCAAAUGUGACAGUGACACUUGCAGAGUGUAGCGCUUGGGGUGUACAGAUGCUGUAUUAUAUUUGCUCCUGCUAUAUAUCACAGCCCCGCAGUAGUUGGUGGGGAAUUGUAAGCAAUUUGAUUGCUUCCCUUCUAUUUAAAAAUAGCUACAAAAUAACAAAAAAUACUGAAAUACGAAUAAAUAUUACCCUUUUUGCUGUAACUUUUUUAAAGUUUUGACUUUAAAAAGUUUACAAAUCGUAAUUAGAAGUGCUCUCUAUUUUUUUUUUUAAUUUAAGACAAGGUAACGGUGAAAGCUCCUCAAAACAAUAGGGAUGUUUUUAAUAAACUCUAUUUUCGUAACAAACUUUAAUGUGUGCUAUUCUUCCUAUACUGCACUAAGGUGGAAAAGGAUGGUUCACCAUCAAAGUCUGAGCUGUUAAUAAUGUGUUAGUCUAAAUUAGACUUAUUAGAUGGAAAUGGACAUUUUUAUGUAGUUCUUUCAUUUGUAAUUCUCUUGAUUUUUAGCAUUUCUGUUAAGAAAAGUUACUUUUAAUGUUAGUUGAAAGGCUUGUGUUUCUAAUUUAGCCAAGGUUUUCUUUUUUCCAUUGGCUUUGUAAUAGUGUUGCCCUAAUUUGUAAAGAGAUUUCACUGGAGAAAAAUCAGAUUCCCAACAUUACGCCUUGUAUUAUUACCUGAUAGACGGGGUAUUAGAAGGUUGGGUGCUUGGGGUUUGUGGUUUUUGUUUUUCUGCUCCUGUUAAAUUUUCCAAAAGGGUUGUUUCCCAUAAGCUUUCCCUGUUAGGCAGAAGCAGGCAGCUUUUGGCCACGUAUACAGUGCUUUAUCUCUGCUUCCAACAGUUGGGUUGCCUGCUGGUGAGGUAGGCUGGUGCUACAGUGCUUGCUUAGCACCUGAGGCCUGGGUCCAGUCCUUAGUGCAAAAAGAAAACUGGUUAACAAGGGAAAUAGCUUUAGGCUCCCCAAGAAAUGUAACAUGAAAAAACAAACACCAAGUCAAGCCUGUAUCUCAGGUGAUGUGGGAAAGCAUAAAACUGCUAACCCAGCAUCAAGACCCAAUGUUAGGGCCAGGGAGAUGGCUCAGUGGAGUGCUUCCCUGGCAAGCGCCAGGGCCUGAGUUCAAUCCCCGGUUCCACCAAAAAAAAAAAAGACCCAAUGUUACAUAGCCAGCCAAAGCUUUGUUUACUGUGUGCUGAGCAGUUAACUUUUUCCUUGCUCUUAUUCCCAGAUAAAGCUGUUUUGUGACUUUGGGUUUUAAAUAAUACUCUGCAGGAAGGUCUUUGUUAGGACAGAACAUAGACUAGGUUGAUAUUAUUGUAUC